AUGGCUGCAGUGACAAAGAUGUUUUGUGUAAUCCAGAUUUUGUGUUUUGUAGAGUUCCCUAUAGAUUGUGAUAAACUCCCCAAGGACAGCCCCAGUGGUGUGUAUGUAAUCAAGCCUGAGUCAUCCCCCCCUCUUGUGGUCUACUGUGACAUGGACACAGAGGGGAAAGGUUGGACAGUGGUGCAGAGAAACUCCAUUAAGUCUGAAAUCACUUGGCUUGAGUCCUGGACAACAUAUAAGUAUGGUUUUGGAAAUGUUCUACAGGACUUCUGGUUGGGCAAUGAAUACAUCCACCUGCUGACAACUCAGAGGACCUAUAUGGUGCGUUUUGUGUUAAAAGACAAAGCAGAGAAUGAGUGGUACGCUGACUAUGAUAUAUUCAGCCUCGAUAAUGAGGUCAAUGGAUAUAAUCUUAGACUGGGUAGGCACUCAGGAACUGCAGGAGAUUAUCUAACUACCUUUGACGCUGGCAUGGUGCACGAUAACAUGAGAUUCUCUACAAAAGACAAGGAUCAGGACAGAAGUGGAUCACACUGUGCCGCCAGUUAUGGGGGAUGGUGGUAUGAUAACUGCCAUAUUGUCCACCUGAAUGGAAAGGGUUACAUCUACUGGAAAGGAAUAUGCACUGGAGAUUGUUUAUUUUCCAAGAUUAUGGUCAAGCCCUCAAAUAUCUGCUGAAUAAAAAUCUAAUCUGA